GAUUGUUGGGAUCACGUGAUCAAAACACAAAAUUUUCAAUAUGGCGGUUUUGUCUUGUUGAACGGCUGUGUUUUGUCAUGUUUAUAUCAGUGAUCAUUUUUAGUGGAUUUUUCUUAUGUAAAUAUUAAUAUGAUAUCUUCCAUUAUUUCCCGCCUGGUAAUAUUGGUAUUUGGAACUCUCUACCCGGCGUAUGCUUCAUAUAAAGCUGUGCGGACGAAGAAUUUGAAGGAAUACGUAAAAUGGAUGAUGUACUGGAUAGUUUUCGCGCUGUUCACGUGCACGGAGACAUUCACAGACGUGUUCUUCUCGUGGUUCCCCUUCUACUACGAGGUGAAGAUCGUCCUUGUACUCUGGUUGUUGUCUCCGGCGACCAAGGGCUCAUCGAUCCUCUACAGGAAGUUUGUUCAUCCCGCUCUUUGCCGGCGAGAACAGGAAAUCGAUGAGUACAUAGCGAAAGCCAAAGACCAGGGUUACCACACAGUGCUCAAUUUGGGCACUAAAGGCGUCAACUAUGCCACCACCGUUAUUAUGCAGACUGCUAUCAAAGGCGGCGGCGGGUUAGUACAGCAGCUGCGGAAGAGCUACAGUCUGUCGGACUUGAGCGAGUGCGAGCCGAGAGAGGAGCGCGGCGCGGACGAGGCGGACGAUGUGCUGGCUGAGCCGAGGCUUAUACGCAGAGCUGUUAAAAGCGGAUAUACAACUCGGAGGAGUGCGUCCGAGUCCAACAACCGUUCGCCGAUGUACUUCCCUGAAGUGGACGUUGACGUCCGGGGCACGCGUAGUCGCAUGGACGAACCUGACUUUAGUCAUAUAAAAUCGACGGAAGACAUAAGCUCCGGCUACUCGAGCGCGGAGAACUCUGCCUCGCUCACACGCACGGCUUCCGUCGGUGCGUCUCGCUCGCGCGCGCGCACAACGCGCACCACAGUGACCACCAUCAAACGACCACAAGCCGCCGAGGAUGAUCACGUUAUCAUCGAGGAGCCUCACGACGACGAUAGUUUUGAUUAUACAAACAUGCCCCCUCUUGUUAACUUUCCGUCCCCACUACUCUUAUCAAACACUGACCCACCAUUUAUUUAUCAAUAUGUAGGCAAGCAAAUUAAAAUCAUAAAAUUAUUAGAUAAUUAUCCCCUAAACACUGAAAUUAAUAGUCAAAAUGAUAACACAGAUAAUCGGCACCAAAACGAAGCUUCAGAGGAAAAUCGAUCAUUCUCACUAAAAGAGUCGUCCGUUAAUAUCCCCUGUAAUAUUCCUAAAACAGAAGAUAGUUUAAAAGACUGUACCCACAUUCCUGAUGCAAUACAAAGCCACGACAAUAAUGACAAACAUGUAUGUGAACCUAAGAUUACUGCAACCUUAAUUGAUCAACAGAUUACUGGUUUUGAAUUGAGUUUUAAAUCUGAAAUUAAACCAAUGUCUAUUGAUAUAAAAGAUUCUCUCCAAAGCAAUCUUAUUGACAACAAUGUGCCAGGGGAAUUUAUUGACGCUAUUUCUUCUAAUGAUAACAAAUUACAAGUUAAUCUAAACGAUAAUCUGAAUAUCCAAUCCAGUGACUUUAUACCAGCAAUAAUCGAGGAUAAUUUAGAAUCAAUAUAUGAGUUGUCAGAAGAAAAUAAUUAUGAUUCUGCAGAAAGCGAUGACGAAGGAUCGUUUGGAACGCCCGUAUCCAGCCCUAAAAGUAGCCGAAAAACAAUUAAAGGCAAAUAUGGUAAAAAUAAAGCACCACCGCCACCGAAACUUGAAACUCAACCUCAAGAGUCUAGUAAUGAUAAAAUACUAUGUUUGGAUACUUCGCAUACUUUAGUUGUUAUUAACGAUAAUCAGAUACAAAAUAUGAAUGAAAAACAUGAAACUGAUAUAGAAGCUGGUAAUUCUGUUGUACAACAUGUUAAUAUUACUAACGAGAUACCUAACAUUAUUAAAACUGAAAAACAUGAAACUGAUGUGGAGGCAGUCACAUCUAUCAUUCAAGAUCAUAUCAAUAACGAUUUACCUGAAAUAUGUUUACAACAAAAUGAAAAGAAAAAUCUAAAAUCGGUUUCUGAAAAAGAUACAACACGGAAAUCUCCGUCUCCCGAAAUCACAAAAUCUAAAUCUCCUGUGAAAGAUCUCAAAGGAUCAGCUUUUGGGAAAUUACUGCAAAUACCAAGUAAACUAGCGUUUUGGAAUAAAACUGACGAUAAAUCAACAACUGAUAACAUGUCAACCACUUCAGAGACAAGUAGGAAAUCAUCACAAGAAAAUAUUUUCGACGACUUUCAAAGUUGUUCCAACUUAAAUCUUUCAAUAUCUAGCAACGAAGAACCAAUGCAAACAGCUGAGGUAUCCAAUAACGAAAUCACAACGUACGGGGACAAUUUACCUAACGAUAUUUCCUUGAAAAGUGAUGCAUUGCAAAAAGUUAUCGAUGCAAAAUUAGAAGAAAUGAAUCCCGAAAUUAAAUUCGUUUCUUUACAUGAAAUACCUACAACAUCAAAAAGUACAGAUGUUUAAUUUAAAACGAUCCUAAAUCCCAGUCUUCGUUUAAUUAGAGGCCGAGCAUCAAACAGCAAUGCUGUCGGCCUCUGCUACAAUACCUCGCGCAAAAAAGUCUAAUAAAAGGAAAACACAAUAAAUUAUGUCCAAUCAAUAUCAUGUAAAUAUGAUGAUUUACCAUAAAAAAAAAUGUUUAAAUUUUCCUGUACAAGAAAAUUUAUUCAAAGUACAGAAUUUAAAACUUCCUUUAUUGAAGUCAUUUACAAAUUACGCUGCUUUCGCGCUCUCCUCCUUUAAACCGCGAAUUUUUAGAAUAAUUAAUUAUUAAAAUGCAUGAAAUAUUUAUGUAAGUUUAAUAUAAUUUAUUUAAAAUUUACCAUAACAUUUAUUUAUUGAACAGCCUGGACUUACAAAUCACAAAAUAUAAGGUCACAAAUCAAAAUAUAUCACAUACAUUCACUUAUGUAAACUUGAUACUCUAAAGUCUAAACAUUAUGAGUUAUUAAUAAAUGUGUAAUUACUUAUAUUAAUAGUGUUAUAGUUAUGUUUUUAUUGUUCGACAAUAUUAGUUGAAUUUAAGUGCAAUAUUGCUAUAUAUAUUUAUAUAGCAUACACAAAAUAGUUACCAGUUAUAUGUGACAUCAUGUUUUAAGCAUAUAAUGCAUUCAAGCUUAGUUUGUUAAUUCUUAUUAAUGUAUUAAGGUGCGUUCACACAUAACGUCAAUCGUCGAUUGUAAGCAAGCUGACUUUUAGCCCAAGGGUGUUUGAGAAACUUCACUUUUGUAAGGCUCGAAGAAUCCUUGCCUGUAUAAUUUACAAAAGCCAAAGUCGAUGUGGAAUGUUUGUCAACAAACAUAUUAAAAAUGAAGGUAGAAAACGCAUGACCUUUCAUACAUUGAUAAACAUUCCACAUUAUGUUGGUUUUUAGACUCCUUGGAACCAAGUCGGAUUUGUGGGUUGAUUGAGAUAAGUUUCACAUAGUCAGGGUUAUUUAUAAAAGUUUAUUUUCUAUGAAACGAAAGUGUUGUCUGAGACUAUAUUAUUGUCCGGGUCGUUCAGAAUAUUCGGGCGACUGAUUCUUGGAGGAAGAACUGGAGUCGGUAUAUGGGAGAGUACCGGAGAAGGGAGCGUUAUUGGCGGGUUAACUAACAUUACAGUAGGACGCAGUGACAUGGAAGUCUAUGCAGAACAACAGCGUACUGUAAGAGUUUUGCGUUUACGUUUUGGUGCGUUGCGUUACGUUGCGUCGACUCUACAUCGUUUUGUAUGUAUUUUAAAUCACAUGCCACAUUAAAGCUUUGCGUUAUCGUACGCGUAAUUUUAACGGACGACGCACGGACAGUGCUCAUUUAUUUUUUACGCAAUGUCGUCGUCAUCACAGCGCAGAUGUGGCAUAUAAUGCGUUGAUCCGUUGCAACGACGCUACGCAACGCACUAAUGAGGCGUCUCACUAAUGUGAUAAGUGAAUGAAAUGUUUUUAAUAUUUUAAUUGACACAAGUGUAUAGGUAGUGGUAUCUACUAAAAUAUAUAAACCGCUCAAGUUCGUGAUUUUGACGAAAUAUGGCCGAUGCCUGUUUCACUGUGUAGAAGAACAGUGUGCCUAGUGGAAGUUUUCAAUAUUUUCAUACUAUUACUAUCGCGUUGACAUAAACGCGAAUUUAUAUGGAAUUGAAACAGUUGUGCAGUAGUGCUACUAGAUGGCGCUGUUUCAAUUCCUUGCAAAUUCGCGUUUACGUUAACGCGAUAGUAACAGUAUCAAACUGCCACUCUGUUAACUGCGUAAUGCCAACUUGCAGUCGACGAUUUCACGUCAAAUAUGAGGACGCUGCUGACUCAUGCUUGCUGUAUAAAAAUGGUUAACGUUGAAAUGUAAAACAUUUAUUCUUCUUGAAUU